AUGGCUGUACUGUUGCACCCUCAAAAGCGGGAGGGGCCCAGUGCAGAUGAUUCAACCUUUUGGUCAGAAUUCCUGGAGACACGAACCGAAAUGACCUCACUUAUCCCGACGGCCCCCCCGAAACCGCAAGACAAUGUGGUCGGCUCCUACAUGAACAGUGGUGGAACCGUGCACUCUUUCAUGUGCCGGGAGGAUUCGAGUUUCUGGACGGGUCUCAGGGUUGCUGGCGACACUCGGACAUUCGCGCGCUGCGAUAAAAGCUGGGAAUGGAUUGCUACUGAAUGCAACGACAACGGCUAUGUGCAAUUCACCAACGUGAUAGAGAAUACAUCAGGGACGAACUCUUGCGGCGGCGAUUAUUGCACAACGCUCACCGUAUACGACUCCAACGAGGAGGGCGAAAAAGGAGCCCAGUACAUGAUCGAUUGCAAGACGUUUCUACAACCCCCAGGCAGCGACAAACCCUAUACCAAGUUUUACCGCGAGUACAGAACAGACCUCACGACUACUGAUUCGUCCACGGCCACCGAAGCGCCAGCAACCACCGACGACUCGACAACGGCCGGCUCGGCGACAUCCUCGACUUCAAGCGAGACGGGAGAACCUGGAAAUAAUAGUGGGACAAAGGGUCUCAGCGGCGGUGCAAUCGCCGGCAUCGUAGUCGGGGCAAUCGCAGGCCUUUGCCUGGUCGCCUGUGGUUUCUACAUUGCCUACCGCAUGGGGAGAAAGCAUCGUCAUGACGCAGAGAAGUCUGACCGAGGCUUCAUGGGCCUUCAGCGAAAGUUUGCAGGGGAUGAUAUCCAAGGGCCCCGCGAAAUGCCGGGCGACACCAAACACAGCGCGCCAGUGGUAGAACUCCCGGCUGAGCAGCAUGUGGCCGAGAUGGAAGCACCGGUAGAUAAGAGGCCUUUUAACGCGAGGGCGGACGUGCAACAUUAG